CGGAACCAGCUCUACGUUAUGCAAGCAGGUGCAAUCCCACCUGGUUCAGCUGAACGGGGUAUCCGAGGAACACUGUCACACUUCAUCUGACUGGCACUCUGACCCCAACAACAACACUAAGACCCCAGCAGAGCAGCGCCACAGUGGUUCUCUCACUCACCCGGAGGUCACUACAGCAAAGCAGUCAGCGGACAUUAGCUCGGAAGAGGCAGGUGGGCACUCUUCGAGCGACACCCUUCAGCAGACCCUGGACAGAGACACUGGGUCCUCCAGCAGUGCUCUAAAGGUAGAAGACCCACCCAGAACUUUAAAACCUAAGCUUAGAGCUUGUAGCAGCAACGACUUUGAGGGUAUCAACUUUGAGCUCGACCAGUCAGAGGUACAGGAGCUGGAGAGGCUUCAUCAACAGGGGUUGCUGACAGAUGAAGACAGCACAGUUAGUCAGAACCAGGACGUGGAAGAUGUGAGCACCACCAAAAGGGUCUCAGGUUCCCAGUCAACCCUGCAGAACAAUGACCCAGAGAGACUUGAAUCUUUAGCCUGUUAUCUGGAAAGCAGGGGCAUACUUUUGCACACAAUAGAAUCAGAGGAGGAAGGACACACGUCAGAUUUAAUGUCAGAGACAUUGGGGGAAAAUGUUCCAGCAGGAGAAACCAUUGAAUCCAACGCACUGAAUGAGAGUGUGAAGGAUAGGACAGGGCCUGGCUCUGAGGACGUGUCCUCUACCCCUUCCCAUCUGAUGAGUUUUCGAGAACACUCAUCCGGUGUCGGCUCUGAGCAGCAGCUGACCAGUGUUUCUGAUCCAGAUGACCAGAAGAUGAUUGUGGUGCCCAAUGGGGACAUGGCUAACCAGAGACACCGUAGCCCUACCACCGUCUCACAGGACUUGGACAACACCAGCACCAACAGCGAGGAGACGGAUGAUAACCCCUCCUUCCUUGGAAGCACCGUCAGCCUCCACAGUGCCACAAAGGUCAAGGGGACCAAGAGUCGCUCUGGCAGCAAGGGUUCCAAAUUCUCUGUCUUUUCCAAAAUGCCCUCCUUUAGAAAAGGCAAAGCGGUGGUACGGGAAAGCAAGAGCAGGACGGACUCUCAGGAUGCCCUCUUCUACAGAUCGCACCUAUCCCCCAAUGCUCCACAACUGAAGGAGCUGGAGCAACAGGGUGAGAACUCAGAUGACGACGUCUUCAGCAAGGAUGAUGUUCUCAACCAGUCCGUGGAGAAGGUAUUCGGGGUUGUAAGGCACGACCUUGAUGCAGAGGAUCAUGGAUUCAGCCUAUCUACCCCACGCACAAAGCAUGUCCGACGACUUUAUGAGCAGGGCACCCACAAUGGGGACCCAGGAAGCAGCCCUGAAACACCCCCACCACCAGAGGGUGUGGGCUAUAAGAGGAGCAAGAGCAGUGACAGCUUGAGUCUGCGCCUCAGGUUUGCCCAGGCCCACAAGUCCCUGUCCAGCUUCUUUGAGUCCCGGGCCAACGAUAAAGAGAACGAGGAGGAGGAGCCACCCCAGCCAGCAAGUGAUAGGGCGAAGGCCAAGCAUGCUCGGAGGAAGCUGAAGAAGGCCAAGGAGGCGGAGUUCUUUAAACAAGCUCUUUCACUGUCAGAUGCAGACGGGAACAAACCAAGCUUCCGGGCCCAAGGCUCGGCCUGGGAUAGUCCCAGCCCACAAGACUCUCCUGCCAGCUUGCGGGCUACAUGCCACACUGAUCCCCUGAACAAUAUAGGUGCGCUACAAGACUCUGCGGGGGAGUCCCCUCAAGAGAGCCGGUCUGAGUGCAGGAGAAGGAGGGGCCUACCCAAUGGGCUAUCAGUCACCGGCCAGUCACCCGACUCCAGUCACCCCUCCUCGGACGACUCUGAGACUUCGGUCCCAGAGGACUACGGCCCCCGGUCCCCCAUGAGCCCCAGUGCCACAGCCACCCUGUCUAGCCAGCUCACCCCCACCUGGGAUGUCCCGAUCAGACCCAUGAGUCCUAAGCCCCAGAGCCCCCGACCCGGCGGCCAAUGCAGGACUUUCCGCUACCCCUCCUCACGGGCCAGUACACUGUCCCUCAUCCUGGUGGGACAGGGAGCCAGUGUGGAGGGGCUUUCUGACCCCCCCAAAAAGCCAAAGACUCUAAAGCCCAGAGCGACCCCAUGCACAUCCCCAAACUCAGAAUGCCAGCAUGAGGACAGAGUGGGCAGGCAGUCCCAGAUCAGUCUCGUCACCUCCAUGUCCGUUGACGAGUUUGAGCUCACACAGGAGGCUAGUAAAGCAGCCAGCCUGGACCGGGGGAAGAGGCCACUGCCUGAGUCGGGCAGCUGCAUACUGUUCCAGCGUCAGCGGGCGGAGUCCUGUCCUGACCCGGCGGCCAAGCGAGAGGCAGGGAGGCGCCGGCGCUGCUGCUCGGACGACCUGUGGAUCGAGGAGGAGAGGAGCCGCAAGAGGAAGCUGGCCAGGGUGGCGAGGGCCAGCCUCAGCCAACUGAGCGGGCAGCUCUGGGGAGAGCCAGAGAAAGCACGUGGACGGCUCUCCCUCACCAACAUGGAGCCCUUCCCCUCACUACCCCUGAAGGCCCACUGUUUCUCCCAGAGCACCCCCAUUGGCCUGGACUGCCUAGGCUGGGCACGCCGUGUCUCUUUUCCCACCGCGGUCAUUCCCGAUGGGGCGCCGGAUAAGGCCUGUCUCGGGGAGGACCUGGGCAGCGAGGAGGACCUGUACGAGGAGUUCCGCAGCACUGGCCACCGUUUUGGACACCCCGGAGGAGGGGGGGAGCAGCUCGCUAUAAACGAGCUGAUCAGCGAUGGCAGCGUGGUCUACGCCGAGGCCCUGUGGGACCAUGUCACCAUGGACGACCAGGAGCUGGGCUUCAACGCCGGCGAUGUCAUCGAAGUAGUGGAUGCCACCAACAAGGAGUGGUGGUGGGGGCGGAUCCUUGACAGCGAAGGCUGGUUUCCGGCCAGCUUUGUUCGGUUACGCGUGAACCAGGAUGAGCCGAUGGAGGAGUACGUAGCCAAGAUGGAGGAUUCGCGCGAGGAGGACAGCGCCUCCACGGGGAGGCUCCUGGGCCCCGGCCUGCCCUGCAAGGAGCAGAUGAGGGCCAACGUCAUCAACGAGAUCAUGAGCACCGAGAGGGACUACAUCAAGCACCUCAAGGACAUCUGUGAGGGCUACAUCAAGCAAUGCCGAAAGAGGACGGACAUGUUCACCGAGGAUCAGCUCCGCACCAUCUUCGGCAACAUCGACGAGCUCUACAGGUUCCAGAAGAAGUUCGUCAAGGGCCUGGAGAAAAGGUUCAACAAGGAGCAGCCUCACCUGAGCGAGAUUGGGUCCUGCUUCCUGGAGCAUCAAACGGAUUUCCAGAUCUACUCUGAGUACUGCAAUAAUCACCCCAACGCCUGCCUGCAGCUGUCCAAGCUGAUGAAGGUCAACAAGUACGUCUUCUUCUUCGAGGCAUGUCGCCUGCUGCAGAAGAUGAUUGAUAUCUCUUUGGACGGCUUCCUGCUCACCCCGGUGCAGAAGAUCUGCAAGUACCCACUGCAGCUGGCCGAGUUGCUCAAGUACACCAACCCCCAGCACAGAGAUUAUAAAGACGUUGAAGCUGCAUUAAAUGCUAUGAAGAACGUGGCCAGGCUGAUCAACGAGAGGAAGCGCCGACUGGAGAACAUCGACAAGAUUGCCCAGUGGCAGAGCUCCAUAGAGGACUGGGAGGGGGAAGAUAUCCUCAGCCGGAGCUCGGAUCUGAUCUUCUCGGGGGAAAUGACCAAGAUCUCACAGCCCCAGGCCAAGACCCAGCAGCGCAUGUUUUUCCUGUUUGACCACCAGAUGGUCUACUGCAAGAAGGACCUUCUCCGCCGGGACAUCCUUUACUACAAGGGCCGAGUAGACAUGGACCAGAUGGAGGUGUUGGACCUGGAGGACGGGAAGGACAAGGACCUGAACGUAAGCGUGAAGAACGCACUAAAGCUGCGGUCCCUGGGGGGUGAGGAGGUCCACCUGCUCUGCGCCAAGAAGCCCGAGCAGAAGCAGCGCUGGCUGCGUGCCUUCACCGACGAGCGGGGCCAGGUGCAACACGACCACGAGACAGGUUUUUCCAUUACAGAAGUUCAAAAGAAGCAGGCCAUGCUGAAUGCAUGCAAAAGCCACCCAGCAGGGAAACCAAAAGCGGUGACCAGGCCCUACUAUGACUUCCUGCUGCGGCAGAAGCACCCCACCCUCCCCACCGCCCUACCCCAGCAGCAGGUCUUCAUGCUGGCUGAGCCCAAGCGCAAGACCUCCAACUUCUGGCACAACAUCGGGAGGCUGACGCCCUUCAAGAAGUGAGGAGCUGCGUCCGCAGCCUGAACUUUCACUUCCUUUUUCAUUAUCUGCAUCGGUUAUUGAUAUGGUAACUAUUACAACGAUUAUUUUUUCUUUGAGAAAGCACUUUAUUGGUUGGUUACAAUCAGACUUUGAGAUCAACUCCCGGACUCUGUAUAUAUGUUGGGAGGGACGUUACGGCUUCUCUUAGCCCCAGGACUACAAGGACACCUCUUCUGCUUGAGCUACAGUGGCCCCCGUGCUAAUACUACUGCUUCGAGUAAUUGCCUGACACUUCUGCAGCGUCUUUCCUCAAGGGACCUCUACUGGAGGAAGGAUUGAUUUUUUUUCAGUGUUUUUUUCCCGACAGAUGCCAACUGUUCACAGUGCCAGAUAAUAGUUUUUGUAUUUGUUAUUUCGUGUGAACCGCAUCAGCGUUCGGGAUGAAAAAAGGGUUGUACGCAAAACUUCAUCUUCGUGGAAAGUUCUAGUGAACGUGAACAUUUCAAGCUGGUUUAUUCUCAAAGGACUUCAGGGAACUGGUUGUAGUGUCUGUGUAUGCGUGCAAGUGAUUCACAGAAGGUAUGGAUCCCAAAGAUUUUGUCCCGGAAAACCCACUUUGAGGUUUUAACGUCAAGCACAGCAGACAUUUGACCCAUAUCUCGCACAGUUCCCUGUCCUUUAAAGUCAUUUUUUGUGUGUCUCUGUAUUUGCUUAGCCUUACCCAUGAAUCCGGUUUUGUGUCUGCAGCUAACUUUCUGAAGUGCCAUUCAAUGCAUCAACGGCAAAUGUUAUGUGGAACUUGCAUGGAUUGUUUUGAAACAAGGUAUUAACAUUUUUUAUGUAUUCUUUUAAUCUUAUUAAAAGCUCCUCACUUUCAGUUACGUGGUCAGCUGGAAAGUUGAGGACAUACGUUUCUUGUCUAUCUUGCUGCACCAAGUAGGCAUUUGUAAAGAGAUUACAAAAAUGUCAACAGUUGGAUUUUUUUCUUUUAAUACUGUACUCAAAAAAGCUGGUCAAUGAUCAUGAAAUACUGUGCAUGUCUAUAAAAUUGAGACAUUUCACACUCAGCUAGAUGCUUAUUUUCGUGAGUCAGUUCUUUAUACAUUUGUCAAUUUUUACAUUUGAAUAAUAUAAACAUGCUUAUAUGUAUAUGUAUACAUGAGCCUAAAGCCAUGUCUGACAUAUCAGGACAUUUUGAAAGGAACACGCCAUUCCAGCAGGACUCAAACCAGUACCCAGAUAGGCUUUGUUUUUAAAGAUGUCCCCUGACAUUUGAGCUGGUCAAGUCUGCCUUGUGAAGUGGGCAACUAACCAAAUAUUUAAUACAGUAAAGAAAUAUGGGAAAACCUUUAUAUUUUUAAAAGAAAAUAAGUGGAUGUUAUUUCAAAGCAAGUAAAACAAAACCUAUGCUCAAACAUGUAAAAUUGUAGAAGGAAAUGUGCCUAUACUGUAAUAAAGAUUGAAUAAUAUUUUUAUUUCAAAAUAUAAAAUAGCGUGUAUAUACAAAAAAGAAAAUGAUAGAAAAUAGAGAUAAAUCCCAGAACAUUGUGUGCAUCAUUUUUUUAGACACUUCAUCCCAGAGGCUGGUUCAAGAAUAUUCUACAGUAAUUUACUGUAGAAUAUUCAUUAGGUGCUGCAGGAAAUAUAUUGCUUACCGUGUCACUUUCAUUUGCUAUUUGGGAACAAUGCCACCCACAGAUCAUAUAAUGUUAAUUUAUGGGCCAGUUUUGCAAACGCAGAUUAAGCCUAGUACUAGGCUGAAUUACAGUUUAAAUGGAAAUUAUCCAUACAAAAUUCUAUUUAGUCUGGGACUAAGCUUAAUCUUUGUCCAUUAAACCAGGCUUUUAUCUUUUGUGUUUUGUGUCUUUUAAAUUCUAGACAGCGCUGUUUUGGUUCUUUAUGUUGUAGGCAGCGAAUGGAGCAGACUUUGCCGUUUAUUUGCGUUAUUAGUGCAGGGAUGGGGUCAUCAGGAUUGUAAUUUUUGUGAACACAGCAGCAUUUGUCCCAGUAACCUCAUGCAUUUUAUUCAACCCAUAUCGUACUGCUUGGAAAAAUGCAUUAUCCUGUAACAUGAAACCUACCCUGCUUAUAGCAUGAUAGAGCAUCUGCAAAAGGGAAACAGGCAGGGAUUACAAGUUUUUAGAAGAUAAUUUUAGCUCAUCAGAUAAGAAAUCUGGAGCCUUAUGCCUGUAAUUAAAUGAAAAGCAAACUCCCUUUAAACAUGCGACAUGCACUGAAAUCUUGCCAUCUGAUAGGUGCCCUAUUGGGCACAACUGGAGACCACUCUCUCUUCCCCCACUUUGAUGAUGAGUCACCGGUGAACAAGUUGCUGUCAGAUUUCAGGGCAAAAGUGAGUGCUUUGUGUAAGUGUUAUGCCAUGUUGCUUCUCUCAGACAGUCAUCAUCGCAGAUGCCCAGGUGCCCACAAUUCCAGCUGUCAACACCUGCUUAAAACAUGGAGGAGUGCACAGCAUCCAUACGCUUCUCCCUUAAAUUUCUGUAUUAGUCCGACAGCUGCUCACUGCGAUGCAGCUAAGGCAAAAGGCUUUUAUCUGUGAAAGGCAAUUUGGUUGUUUGUGGGGUUUUCGUCAAAAUUGCGUGAACUCAAUGGUUUAUUUGUUUUGCUCCCCGCUUUCCAAAUGCUUGCAAUUUCAGAAACGGUGACCCCCCACUCGUACAUUUGCACAUAAUUCCAAGUGGCAAAUAGUUAAUCAAAUGGAAAGUGGUUUGAAAAUCUAGUUCUGGAUUGUAUUUCAACCAGUAUCUCAGCCUUUCUGCGGUAUCCAGUCUGCUUUAUCUACAGAAGAAGAGCGGAUGUUCAAAGCUUGAAAAACAGCUACCCUAAAUAUUACCAUGGCAUGUCAUUUUUUUUUCUUGGUAUUCCACAAUAUUAUGAUAAUACCCACCAGUAAUUUAUGCAUAAUCUGCAUGCAAAAUGCCUAAAGAGGUUUCCAAACUUAACACUUGUGUGAAGUGUGAUCUGGCUACUGGGUCCUUGAACAUAAAAAAACAAUCUACUUGCAACAAGUAUUACAGCGUCGAUGGAUGACAAUCCCUCUGGUCAGUCAGGCAGCUGCAAUGAAGCCGCCUUUGCUGCACAUGUUGAUUGGGCAACAGGCUUUGUUAAAAAAAAAAAAUCAAUACUUUCAUGCAUCAUUAUUCAAAGGUACAGUACAUACACUGAGCUCUAAAUGGCACUGCGCAGUGUCUUUGGGUAAGAACAUGUUUUACCUACGCAAUGAAAUACCGUGCCAUCAUUACAGAAUGAUAAUUUUCUCUCCCUACUGAUAACAUCUGAGCAACUUCUAUGCGUUUUUGGUACCUAUGAAAUCCUCAUUGUGCUCUGACAAGAAAGAUAAUGUAAUUGUCCAGACAGUUGUUUUUAUUUAUUUAUUUGAAGGGCAAAAAAAUGGCAGAAUGCAUUCUCCUGAGGUAUAUUCUGAGCAAACUUCUGUCUGCUUACUGAUGAAUAUUUAAAGCAUCAUUCGAUGAAAUCCAGUGAAUACAUUGUUUAAACAAAGUCUCUGAAAGGCAAAGCACUGAAUUGGGGAGAAUGCCAGUAAUUAUGUGCUUGCUGCAGCGUUUUCUAUCUUGCCGUGAGCUAGGCACUUGUGAAAUAGCAUAGUUUGUGUAAAAUAUAAAAAGGAAAAAAAAGUGUGUUUGUACAUUACCUUUGUAUGUGUAUGGUUGUUUACAUAUGCACUCAGAACAUGAGAAUAAAAUCAUUCAACAUGUA